AUGAGAUACGACUCUUAUGACCAAAGUUCUGUUCUCUUAGCACCUCCCUUAAUGGAAGCACAACAUCAUCAAAACACACACUACAGACCCCACGCCCAACAGCUUCACUAUCCAGGCCAUGAAAACACGGGACAUCCUAACGACUACUUUAGCUAUCCCAGCGAGACAGUCAAUAUCAAGGAAAGGAGGUUCCCUCAAUCAAACUUAAAAUCCACAAAAUCCGCACCAAGGUUUAGAGGAGGGCGACAGGUCCGGUUCGAAUUGCAAACCGUGGAUGAAGAUGGCCCUAUACCUUGCAAUCCAGUGGAUUGCCCGAUGGCACGGCUCACCCUCGAAGACGCCCGCCUCUUACACCCAGUGCAUCCACAUGAAGUACAAGAAGCAUUCUUAGAUCCUGCUUAUCAACAGGAUACAACAACCCUGCCGCACGAAACAUCGUAUGAUAAUAGAUCUACGCAGCCACACCAUGCACGUACCUCUUCGAAGUUAUCAUCGAGGUCAAUAUCCACCGGUAACAAUAGUCCAACGAGACCAUGUUUAGGGUCUGUUAAUACCAGAACUCCAGAAGGGAUCCUACGAAGCUCAGGCGCAACACCGUCUCGAUUCGCAUAUAGAGCUCCGACUCGGCCGCCACCAGAUAUUGCAGAAGUUGAAGGCGAUAAUACAUUUGCAAGCCGUGGAAACUAUGGCAAUUUAUAUUCCUCUACUACAGGUCUCGAGCUAUCUCCAUCAUCUCCACCAUUCUAUCCCCCUUCCUCACAAAACAGCGGAGAUCGUCCAAGAAACGUGCCUUACGAUAGAGCCCGAGAAGGAGAUGGGAGCCUUGAAGCUCCCGACCUUGCACCGGAUUUUACUCCAAAAAAGUCUAAAGAAAUUCUCAAAAAGCUUCUCGGCGGCCGUACGUCUCGACAACCUGAAUCCGGGAUGUUUCACUUUACUCAAAAGUUUGAAUCAGGCUAUUCUGUAAGAAGCAUUCAUUUGGAAUCAAGGAAAGAGUGGGCCUUUGUUGCAGUUUCACCAGAUUCAAAAACGAUUGUGGGUGUCUGUGAUCGCGAAUGCUUCAUGGCCUAUUCGAUGGAAGUAUCAGGGAUCAAACCAUUGGUUUAUGGCGAGUUUGACGGAGAACCGUUAAGCAUUGCGGUAUCAAACAGCCACCUUGCAAUAUUGACUCUAACCAAGUUACAAGUAUUCAAUCACCAUAAUAGCAAAAAAGUUUACGAGUGGGCCUCAGACAAAUCCGUAGCCACCGACAAUUUUACCAGUAUUGCAUUCGCAAAUAGUGGGCUUGAGUUAUGUUCAGCUCUCACGAAUGGGACUAUACAAUUUCAUUAUAUUCCCGCGGAAGAUCAAGAUUUCGACCCGGACGAAGUGACAUUCCGCCGUGGUGAUCCAAGAAUGGAUAUUAAUCUUAGCAGUGGAGACUACGCAUUUACCAUGUCGUUCUCUGGCAACGAUACGAGAUUUGCUUGUGGCACUCAGAAAAGGAUGCUUAUGGUAUAUGAACAUCGAGGGCCGGCUGCAUGGGAGUUGUUAAACAAAUUUAAAUUUAAUGACUGGGAGCCAGGUACCCAUAGGAGAAUAUCUGGUGCUAUCUUCUGUCCCGACGAACGUUUUCUCUUUGCAACAACAACGUCGGGAAGGCCAUCCGCAUAUAUGCGCUGUAUUGAUAGCAAUAAGCAUUCGAAUUGUUCUCAGUCUACAUCCUAUGCGCUCCCCAUCACCAAGAAGGGAGUGACACGGUCUGCGAUGUCCCCGAAUGGGAAAGCUGUCGCACUUAUUGACGGAGAUGGCACAGUCUACAAAUGCGACUUCGGUGCAGGAUCCGUGCUUAGCGACAAGCAGGAGUUCACCAAGCUCCCGGGUACUUUGAUACCAGCGCGGGCUUGUUGGAUUUCGUGGACUAGUUUAGGGGACCUCCUCCUCCUGGACAAGAAGGGCCACCUCAAAAUUUAUGAAUUGUCUGCGGCUGGAAGGUCCCCCCGGUGA